CCUGUGAAUCUUGAUGCUGUCACUGGCACAGGAGAUUCAAACAAGAUGGAUUUACAUGGGUGACAUUGAAGUUUGGAAUCUGUUGCCGAUUUAGCUUUCAUUUCAUUGCUCGUUCUAACCAAGAGGUGGAUUUACAUGGAUGACUUUGAAUCCCGCUUCUCUUAAUUUCAGUUACUUUUCCUAGCCUUCCAAAUGGCACAUUGAAAGUUGAUAGAGAUUUUCUGCUGAGGCCAGUCCAAAGUUCACAUACUUAUUUGGAAAAAAAUGAUUAGGUUUCGCGUUUCCAAGUCUAGAGUUUCUUCAAGAUGGGCGAUGUUCAUGAGAAUGUAUAGUUCUAAUGGAAGAAUGGAAGAAUUUUCUGAUCCAGUGAAACGACUAUGUAAAAUUAUCAUGUCUUGCCCAAAUGUAGGGCUAGAAACCAGCCUCAAUGAGAGUGGAGUUAGAGUAUCACCAGAUUUAGCGGAGGAUGUCCUCAAGAGAUUUGAGAAUGCUGGGAUGCAGGCCUAUAGGUUCUUUGAAUGGGCUGGGAAGCAGUGGAAUUACACUCACAGUGUCAGAGCUUACCACACCAUGAUUGGAUCUCUUGCCAAGAUAAGGCAAUAUCAGAUCAUGUGGGAUCUGGUGAACAGCAUGCGGAGCAAAGGGAUUCUAAAUGUUGAGACUUUUUGUGUGAUUAUGAGAAAGUAUGCCAGGGCACAGAAGGUGGAUGAGGCAGUUUACACCUUCAAUGUUAUGGAUAAAUAUGGAGUCCCCCCAAAUUUGGCAGCUUUCAACAGCCUUCUAAGUGCAUUUUGCAAGUCCAAGAAUGUGAGGAAGGCGCAGGAGAUAUUUGAUAGUAUGAAGGACAGGUUCACUCCUGACUCCAAAACUUACAGUAUAUUGCUGGAGGGAUGGGGUAAGGAUCCAAACCUACCAAAGGCAAGGGAGAUCUUCAGAGAGAUGGUUGACAAAGGUUGUGAUCCUGACAUUGUGACUUAUGGAAUCAUGGUUGAUGUACUCUGCAAGGCAGGGAGAGUUGAUGAAGCCCUUGGAGUUGUUAGAGACAUGAGUUGUAACGGUUGUUGGCCAACUUCUUUUAUAUAUAGCGUCUUGGUUCAUACUUAUGGGAUAGAGAACCGGAUUGGAGAUGCAGUCGACACAUUUCUGGAGAUGGAGAGGAAUGGAGUAAAGGCUGAUGUCGCUGUGUAUAAUGCUUUAAUUAGUGCUUUCUGUAAAGUAAAUAGGUUCAAGAAUGCCUUCAGGGUUUUGGAUGAGAUGGACCAAAAGGGAAUACCACCCAAUUCAAGAACCUGCAAUAUCCUUUUAAAUAGCUUGAUAAACUGUGGUCAGACAGAUGAGGCAUAUAGGGUCUUCCGCCGGAUGAUCAAGGUCUGUGAACCUGAUACUGAUACAUACACAAUAAUGAUAAAAUUGUUUUGUGAGAAAGAUGAGUUGGAAAUGGCUCUGAAAGUGUGGAAGUACAUGAGAUUGAAGCAGUUCUUUCCAACCAUGCACACCUUUUCAGUACUUAUCAAUGGAUUGUGUGACAAGGGUGAAGUUUCCAAGGCUUGCGUUUUCUUGGAAGAGAUGAUAGAAAAGGGUAUCCGGCCAUCUAGUUCAACAUUUGGGAAGUUGCGGCAAUUGCUUUUAGAAGAAGGGAGAAAAGAUGUAUUAGAAUUUCUUCAGGAGAAAGUGAACCUCCUGGUUGAAGAGCCUUUAUGUGAUUGAGAAUUUUAA